AUGCGGUUGCCCUACCUUGGGGCCGCUGUCGUCUGUGACAUCUCGCUGUUGCUCCUGCUUCUGUCCGUGUCGCAACUUGCUGCUGCGUCUGACUCUGAAUCACAACAACCAAAGCCCCUCUGGAUCCAACCAUCUGGCGAGUGGUACGGGAUCGAUGGCACAUGGUCCAGCUUCAUCUUCUACGUGGGUGCUCCCGCACAGAUAGUCUAUCUGACCGUCGCCACCGCACUCUCCGAGAUAUGGGUCAUCUCAACCGGUGGCUGCACACCAGUUCAACUCUGUAUCGAUGCUCGGGGCGGUGUCUUCGACAUCGCUGCCUCCAAGACAUGGCGGUCGUUGGGGAGCUGGCAAUUGGGAGCGAACUACACGGGCAUGGGAGGUAAUGGUGACUAUGGGCUGGAGACAUUUGCCUUCGUCAACACGAUAGAGCGGCACACAACUGCCAUUGAGGGAGCGCUAGUGGCGGCCAUCAACGACACCAACUACUACCAGGGAUAUAUCGGCGUCGGCGUGACGCAGGGGAGGUUCGGAACUAAUCUUACCAACCCAUUCAUCUCGCAGUUAGCCGAAACGUACGGUACGAUUCCCAGCCACGGCUACGGAUACACGGCUGGGGCGUACUACCGCUUGGAUGGGGAAAACAAGGGCACCAUUGCAUCCUUGACCUUGGGAGGGUACGAUACGAUGAGGUUUGUACGCCAUGAUACCACCUUCUCUCUCGAUCCGGUAACACGACUGCCCACCGUGCGGUUACGCGGGAUCACCGCGGCGGUUUCGUCCGAGGACAAAACCCCCACGAGCAAUUGGACGUCAACGACCCACGCGCUUGUGACCAUGGAAGACUCCAUCAUCGCUGUCAUUGACUCAUCGACGCCGUAUUUGUGGCUGCCCACUGAGGUAUGCGACCGUUUCGCUGCUGCGCUAAAUCUGACGUGGAGAGAGGAUUUGGGCGUAUAUAUCUUUGCAGACGGCGCGCAGUAUAACCAAUACCGGUCCGACACCUCGCUUUCGUUUACGUUUACUUUCUCCAGUUACCAGAAUGCCGACAAUUUCGGAGAGCCACUCAACACCCCUGGAGUGGUCAACAUUACGGUCCCGGCUGCUGCUUUCGCCCAGCUCCUACGCUACCCCUUCAGGAACGUUGUACAGUGGGGCGAAUCGAGCAUUCCAUAUUUCCCCCUGAAGCGAUCCACAAAGGACGUGAAUAAUAACCGGUACAUUAUUGGGCGCGUGUUCAUGCAGGAGGCAUACAUCAUCACCAGCUACGAUAGGAGUACUUUCUCGCUUCACCAAGCUCUUUUCCCCCAAAAUGCGGCCACCAACUACACGCUGGAAGCGAUCACAAGACCACCGGACAGUCCAUAUCCCAAGUUCGCUGACGAACCUGCCGCUAGCGGUGGAUUGAACGCCGGUGCAACCGCCGGCAUUGUGCUUAGUGCGUUCAUUACUGGUAGUAUUCUGGGCCUUAUUUUGUGGUUUUGCUGCAGACGCCGACGGACAUCGAAACAGGGCAAGUCUGUUGGGCAAGAACAGGAGAAUAAGGAAGCCGCUCAGGCUGCGGAAGAUGAUGAACCGAAGAGCCCCGUAAAGCGAAUGUUCACCAUGAUUAUCAGGAGGAAGAAGUCAAGAAAGCCGGAGGCGCAUGAAGCGCAUGGAAACCAAACUCAGCCCGUAGAGGUCGGUGCCGACGCUCAGCACCAGGUCUUCGAAAUGCCUGUUCCGCCUGAGCCGGUUGAGCUCGAUAGUCACGACGUUGGAGAUGAAGAUACGGACUUUGGUGUCGACAGCACUGAAGGGCUAAGCCAAUACGAGAUCACUCGCCGGAAACUGGAUAGACAACUCCAAGGACCCGUGCCGACCUACAGCCCGCCAGAACCGACUUUGCAAACGGCGGGGCAGGAGAAGUUGAUGCAAGACGCGAGCGCCGUGGCUCAUUACCGUCAAGUCGAAGAACCUUCGCCCGUAUCAACCCCCACAUAUGCCAACAGCAAUUCGCUCCCUGACAGUCUCCCUUCACCAAUGUCACCUCAAGGAGAUUGGACGAACCGUCUCUUCGACCUUCCAUCGCCGAUGACAGUCGCCCCUCCAUCUCAUCUGCUCACAGACCUUCCCACUGUUUCGAAUCCCAGCGCGAGCUACUCGCCCGUAUCGCCUCAUUCAAUACGCUCACGGCAGACCUUCUCCCCGUCGUCCAUCGCCCGUUCAGACUCGAGCAACCAUUCACCGACGUCUCCGAUCGGGAAUAUGCAGCUGCCUUCCCCAACAUUUCAGCGGACGCCCAUUGACCCGUCUCGAGUGAUAUGUUUAGGGCCGUUGCCAGAGAAUGUCCAGCUUCCGCAUCGACCGCCGAUCCCGCGGCUGGUUGCGCCUGAUAGCCGACCGAUAGAAGGCGGACCAUCUGGACCCGACUCUCCUGAGCUUUUACCCCCAGACCCUUCCAGACAUUACCGCUCUCAUACUCAGGGUUCGAGCGAUACGCUGGGGAGCAACUUUACUGUAGAGGAAGAACACAUGCUCAGGUUGGGCGAGAUGACACGGAGUCGCAACCAGAGGCCAGCGCAGUACGGACAUGGCGAGGAUGAUUCCAUGCCCCGCAGUCCUCAAAGCAUGGAGCGCAUCGAGGCCGGCUCGGAACUCAUACACGUGCCGCAAGUUGCCGACAAGCGGUACAGCUGGGAACAGGACAGCAGUUGA